AUGUCGUCAGAGAAGGGCGCAUAUCGUAUGUCGUCAGAGAAGGGCGCAUAUCGUAUGUCGUCAGAGAAGGGCGCAUAUCGUAUGUCGUCAGAGAAGAGCGCAUAUCGUAUGUCGUCAGAGAAGGGCGCAUAUCGUAUGUCGUCAGAGAAGGGCGCAUAUCGUAUGUCGUCAGAGAAGGGCGCAUAUCGUAUGUCGUCAGAGAAGGGCGCAUAUCGUAUGUCGUCAGAGAAGGGCGCAUAUCGUAUGUCGUCAGAGAAGAGCGCAUAUCGUAUGUCGUCAGAGAAGGGCGCAUAUCGUAUGUCGUCAGAGAAGGGCGCAUAUCGUAUGUCGUCAGAGAAGGGCGCAUAUCGUAUGUCGUCAGAGAAGGGCGCAUAUCGUAUGUCGUAG